GCGCCCCAAGAGGGAGAACUGGACUACCACUCCCCGUAGGCCACACGCGCGGGGGCCGGGGAAGCCGUCAGGGCCUCGAACAAAUCAAAUCGAAGGAAAGAAACUGCCGGCUUUUAAAAUCCUCCUCCUCCGCCAUCAUCCUCCGCCGUGCGGCGAGCAGGUGGUGUCGAGACGCGAGUGGGGAGAACCGUCAGGAGAACUGACGGGCGGGCUGAGCAUCGGGACCGCCGGACUCGGAGGCGGCGACUCCGACCUGCGCUGCCGGACCUCACGUCCUCGCCCCGGCGGAGUUCGCGCCUGCUCGGGUCUCCCCGCGCGGCGGCGCCGGCUGUCUACGUUUGCAGGUUUCUGGGGGAGCCCACCAGUGUGUCCAGCAUGGCCUCUGAAGACAUUGCCAAGUUGGCAGAGACGCUAGCCAAAACCCAGGUGGCUGGGGGACAGCUGAGUUUCAAGGGCAAGAGCCUCAAACUCAACACUGCAGAAGAUGCCAAGGAUGUGAUUAAAGAGAUUGAAGACUUUGAUGGCUUAGAGGCUCUGCGCCUGGAAGGCAACACGGUGGGCGUGGAAGCAGCCAGGGUGAUCGCCAAGGCCUUGGAGAAGAAGUCGGAGUUGAAGCGAUGCCACUGGAGCGACAUGUUCACAGGGCGGCUGCGGUCGGAGAUCCCACCAGCCCUGAUCUCACUAGGGGAGGGACUCAUCACCGCCGGGGCCCAGCUGGUGGAGUUGGACCUGAGUGACAAUGCAUUCGGGCCCGAUGGAGUUCGAGGCUUCGAGGCUCUGCUGAAGAGUUCCGCCUGCUUCACCCUGCACGAGCUCAAGCUCAACAACUGUGGCAUGGGCAUCGGUGGUGGCAAGAUCCUGGCGGCAGCUCUGACUGAGUGUUACCGGAAGUCCAGUGCCCAAGGCAAGCCGCUGGCCCUGCAGGUCUUUGUGGCUGGCAGAAACCGUCUGGAGAACGACGGAGCCACCGCCUUGGCAGAAGCCUUUGGGGUCAUAGGGACUCUGAAGGAGGUCCACAUGCCCCAGAAUGGGAUCAAUCACCCUGGCAUCACUGCCCUGGCCCAGGCUUUCGCCAUCAACCCCCUGCUGCGGGUCAUCAACCUGAACGAUAACACCUUCACUGAGAAGGGCGCUGUGGCCAUGGCCAAGACCCUGAAGACCUUGCGGCAGGUGGAGGUGAUCAACUUCGGGGACUGCCUGGUGCGCUCCAAGGGCGCUGUUGCCAUUGCAGAUGCCGUCCGCGGGGGCCUGCCCAAGCUGAAGGAGCUGAACUUGUCGUUCUGUGAAAUCAAGAGAGAUGCUGCUCUGUCCGUGGCUGAGGCUGUGGCAGACAAGGCCGAGCUGGAGAAACUGGACCUCAAUGGCAACGCCCUGGGAGAAGAAGGCUGUGAGCAGCUCCAGGAGGUUCUGGACAGCUUCCACAUGGCCCAGGUGCUGGCAUCCCUCAGUGAUGAUGAGGGUGAGGAUGAGGAUGAAGAGGACGAGGAGGAGGAGGAAGGAGAAGAAGAGGAGGAGGAGGAGGAAGAUGAAGAGGAGGAAGAAGAAGAGGAAGAGGAGGAGGAGGAAGAACCACAGCAGGGAGGGCAAGGAGAGGAGUCAUCCACACCCUCAAGGAAGAUUCUGGACCCUAACAGUGGGGACCCAGCUCCCGUGCUGUCCUCCCCGCCUCCCGCUGAUGUCUCCACCUUCCUGGCCUUCCCCUCCCCUGAGAAGCUGCUGCGCCUGGGGCCCAAGAGCUCCGUGCUGAUAGCCCAACAGACCGACACCUCUGACCCGGAGAAGGUGGUCUCCGCCUUCCUGAAGGUGUCCUCUGUGUUCAAGGAUGAAGCCACAGUGAGGACGGCAGUACAGGACGCAGUAGACGCCCUGAUGAAGAAGGCCUUCAGCUCAUCCUCCUUCAACCCCAAUGUCUUCCUCACCAGGCUCCUCAUCCACAUGGGUCUGCUCAAGAGUGAAGACAAGGUCAAGGCCAUUGCCAACCUGUACGGUCCCCUGAUGGCACUGAACCACAUGGUGCAACAGGACUACUUCCCCAAGGCCCUCGCUCCCCUGCUGCAGGCAUUCAUGACCAACAGCCAAGGCCACGGGGCCCUGCACAGCCACCGGCCGUGAAAACCUUGGCCUUGGCCUGGAGGAUCCUGGAGCUGGCCCAACGGCGCCCUGGAGGCCUGCUCCUUCGCACGCCACAGUCUGCUGCAGACGCUGUACAAGGUCUAGACCUGGACACGAGGCGGCCUCUCCUUGACCCUCAGCCUGGACCAGUGAUGGGAAGGGACUCGGACAAAGGACUCUGGCCAGAGGCAGGGAGGGUCUUUGUUGCGUGUGUCGUGCUGGUCCGAGUAUGUGUGUCGGUGUGGUAUGCGUGCCAGUGUGUGCUUCCUGUCGGGGUCUGGGUGUUUAACGUCUCCCUGCUGGGCUGGCCCUGGUCCGCUGGAGGGGAGCUGGCCCAGGAGAAAGGGCUGUGAGCUGCGAGCUGCUCUGCCAUUAAAUUCACCGCCAUCUGAGGGCGCUCUGCUGGUCUGUGCCUCAGGCUCGGCCUGUGGCUGUUCCCACCACUUUGCCUUCCUUGCCCUCAGGCGGCACCAGCGCCUGGGGCGUUGCUGCCCACGUGCUGUCCUCCCUCGGGGCUGUGGCUCGGCUGCCUUUCUCACUGCCUGCCCUCUGCUUCCUGUCACCAAGCCCGGGCCCUGCAGCCACCGCAGUCCCCGCCGUCCAUCCCUGCUGUGCUGACCGUCCCGCGCGAGGUGGAGACGGCCGUGGGUGGAGCCCCGGGUGGUCAGCAGAGGGCCAGACCCUGGUGCCGUGCCAUGUGGACAAGACAAAAGCCAGUGGGCAGACACCAGAGGGUCCUGGAGUAGAAGAUGCCCCGACGGUGCUGGCUCUGGACUCCGAGGAGAUGUCAGUGACUGGCCUGGAGGGGCACCUGGACAGGCCACACCUGUUCUCCAGCCUGGGGGGCGAGGGCGAGGGCGGGGGCCGGGCCCACUGCUGCCUGAGCUGCGUUACUGAGCUCUUAAAGGAAGGGGUGGGGCCAGGGGGCUGGACUGGCCAGCGAUGCCCUCAGCGUCCUGUGUUCCCUUCGCGCUCUGUGUCCGGGCUGUGCCUGAGGCUUCAUAAUAAAGUCGUGUGACAACA